AUGUCAAAUUUGAGGGCUCGUGCACAACCGACAGAACAAGAUUUGCGGAAUGAAAAGCAGGCUUUACUCGGAAUCAAACUUUUGGAAGCAGUAUGUAAAUUGUUUGUUGUUAUUCAAUCAUUUCGUUUGAAUGUUGAAGCAAGUUGUGUUUUUUCUUUGGUAUUUGUGGCUCGUCGCUUUUUUGGUGACCGUAUAGGAAGUUUGGCCUGCAUCCCGGUUCAUAUUCUGGCAGUCCUCAACGAAAUAGGACCGCUUCCCAACGAUGUGUUCCUUUACGUCAUCUAUGUCGGAUACUUUUUUUCAUCGUUUGGUUGGUUCCUGCUGAAUAUCUUCACGAAGUCCAAAAUUAUCUACACCUGGGAAGCAGCAUACGCGCUGUCUGGAUUCGUUGCGUUUGCUGCAUGUGGAUUUAUUGAUAUGUAUAUGGUAGAGAAAGAUGUCCACUUGCCGUAUCUGACCGACAAACAAGAAUGGUAUCACAAAUAUUUCGAGUACAGCCGCAUAGAGAGUAUUCUGUCGAUGCAAACUUCGGGAUUGUUUCUCAUUCACGGGAUCUUCAUGCUAGAUAUUCUGGGCGUCCUGGAGAAGUUUGAGGGGGAUGGCUACCCCGGAAGUCAUGCAACUAUCGAGAGUAAAGACGCUGACGCCUACCGUCGCUUGCGAUUGAAGCCUUUUUGGAUUCCACUAUUUGGAUGGAUCUGUAGAAUGUGCCUAUCAAAAUGCUGCCGCUCCAAUGCGAGACAUUAGAAGGAUGAAGAAACUGUUUUUGGAAAAAGUAGAAAAUAAAC